AAUAACCAAGAGAUCUUCUCGAGCUUGUUUUAAGGUUGGAAAUGUUAGUGCUCAUCCGGAACGCCAAGACUGGUGACAGCUAACUUGAAUCAACCUGUGCUUUCUCUGGUGAAGCUUCCACCUACCGUCACAGCGCGCGUCAUUCCACUACCAACGCAGCACAAUGCUGUGUCUUCGAAUCUAACGUCCACUGCCCUUACCUAUCUCCGUGUGCAAUCUGCCACACAUGUCACACCGACAGCGUACCCUUGAAUCAUUCACCAGGCACCUCAGCAACAGGCUGAAGCGGCGGUCUCGAACCCUGGAAUCCGAUCAAGUGACAGACGCCGACGCCGACACCACUGCCUCUCGAUCCGAACUCUCCAAUGUAGCGAUAAUGAAUGAUGAUGGUUCCCUUGAGGGACUUGGAUCAGCAUCUGUCGCUCUGGACGGGAUGCAGGAUGUUGAUGAGGAUGGUCGGGAACGAAUGGACAACUUGAUGAAUGGAACUGGAGACCAAGAGCAAGCGCCGCUAUUCAAACAUCCACGGUCGAAGACGAUUUCAGCAGGGAUGCAUGUUGGCAAUGGUAAUAAUGGUGAUCGCAUUACGAAUGGGGAGAACGACAAACCUGGGCACGCGAAUGACCAUCGCUAUUCGAUUCCAUCGUCAGGACAGGAUCUAGACGCACUUUUUGAGCAUUCGCAGCUAGAAACAAAUGGUGGAAACGGGAUAUUCGAUGGUUCCAGGGCAGCUACUGGGUUGAUUGGGCCGUCUGGGGAGAGCUCGCCACGGAGAGGCGGUCCUGACAGAGUCUUGAAGCUGUCACCGUCGAAGAUUCAGGAACUCACAUCGUCGCCUGAAUCGGUUCCUUAUCGGAUAUUUCCCUUUCCCUCGACCUUGGAUGAGGCUCAAAAGGAUGAGUCAGAGCAGCUGCUGGAUGGUGAGACGGAAACAGCAAGGGACACCCCUGUAAUGAAAGUGCGAGGAAGGAAGGAUUCGCAUCCUAGAGGUCGACCUCAUGCGUUGCGGACCUUUUCGACACCAACGCCGUCCCGCAGACCGGUACAGCUCUCUUCUAAUAGCGAGCGUCUAUCGCAGACCUGGGCAUCGCGGACAAGACAGGGUAGACCCGGUGGUAACGGACGCAUUGAUCUCGACUUGAAGAAUCCCAACCUCGUGCCCCCGUCGCAGCAGAUCGCCGAUCCCCUUCCAUCUCCAAUGCCAUUGUCAAUCCCCCUCCCUCCUCUUUCGAUACCUACAUACCUUCAAUUGGAGCUGGCCUCUGGAAGACCGUCACCUUUAUACAUACACCGUUCCGUUCCAAGUGAAUUUCCUUACGAGUCGUCUCGCGUGAAGCUCGAGAGACUAGUCAAUUUUCUCAUGCUCCCGCCAGCCCUGGAGCAGGUGCUUUGGUUUGGGGCCCUGGCAUGUCUUGAUUCGUGGCUGUAUUCAUUUACCAUACUUCCGUUGCGGUUCAUCAAAGCGGUAUACAUAUUGCUUGAAUCAUGGGUGGUGAAUAUUGGGGUUGAGGUUCGGUAUAUUUCUACCUUUGUUGUGAAGGGUAUCGGGAGAGUGUGGCGGAGAAAGACACAGUCCGUUGCAGGGACAGAGCUGGAAAGCCGGUCUCGAACUGUCUCUGGUUCUUCUGCCAGGGUCGAGACGCUUGAUGGGGGAGAGCGAGAUGCCAGAGGCAAAUCCUUGGAACCAGGAAGACGACAUCGACGCCCCGACGGGCAGAAGUCGCAUCAUCGCCGGCAGAAGUCGAUUCCUUCGGCGCUGCUCCCUGACGACAAAGCGGAUAUCUUAAAGGGCCUGCUCAUGAUUGCAACUUGUUCUGUUCUUAUGUAUUUCGAUGCAAGCAGGAUGUACCACUGGAUUCGGGGACAGGCAGCCAUCAAGCUCUAUGUGAUUUACAAUGUACUCGAAGUGAGUGACCGUCUGUUGGCUGCUAUCGGGCAGGAUGUCCUGGAGUGUCUCUUUUCUCGAGAGGCGUUGGAACGCAAGCCUGACGGACGAAGCAAGGUCCUCCGGCCGUCCUGGCUCUUCCUUCUGGCCCUCGCAUAUACCGUGCUCCAUGCCACGGCGCUCUUCUACCAGGUCAUGACUCUGAACGUUGCUGUGAAUUCCUACUCGAAUGCUCUCAUCACUCUCCUUCUUUCCAACCAAUUCGUCGAGAUCAAAUCGACCGUGUUUAAGAAGUUCGAAAAGGAGAACCUGUUCCAGCUAACCUGUGCGGACGUGGUGGAGCGGUUUCAGCUGUGGCUUAUGCUCACCAUCAUUGCGUUGAGGAAUAUCGUGGAGACUGGAGCUUUCGACAUCUUUGGCAGUCUUGGAUCGAGCUUCGGCAGCAGCUUGUCAACAAGCACCAACAGUACGCCGCUGUCGACUCCUCCCCGUACGGCCACUUCGAUACUCCCUAAGUCCUUUACUCUGUUCCCCUCCUCUCUCAUCUCUUCUUUCAGCGGAAACUCCUUCAUCUCGACUUUGGGACAGGUCAUGGGCCCUUUCCUGGUUGUACUCGGGUCGGAAAUGAUAGUCGACUGGCUAAAGCACGCUUACAUCAAUAAAUUCAACAACACUCGUCCUGCUAUCUAUGGUCGUUUCCUCGAUAUUCUGGCAAAGGAUUACUACACCAAUGCAUUCGUUGACCAGAAUCUCACCCGCAGACUGGGUCUCCCAGUCAUCCCGCUGAGCUGCCUCUUCUUCCGCAUCUCCGUGCAGACAUACCAGAUGUUUCUUGCCUCGCUGCUUCCUUAUCCUCCCUCGUCAUCAACAGCUGUUGAAGCUCCCACCCUCUCAUCUAUACAUAAUAGCCACUACUUCUCCUCUUCUCCCUCGCCGGCCGCUGUGCCUCUCACAUCCCCUAUUACGCUAAAAAAUAUCAUUCCAACAUCUGCCGCUCACAUCAAUGCCUUCUUCCGCGCUAUGCUUGCCAAUGCCAUGCCGACGCCGGCCCGCUCAGUCCAGAUUUUCACUGUCGUCCUCAUCCUCACUGGAUUUGUCGCCCUGCUGAUUGUCAAACUGAUGCUAGGCAUGCUACUUCUCAAUUUUGCGCAAUCGAGAUACAAAUCCAUGAAAAACCACGAAAUUAGUCGCCAACAGCGGCAACAGCAACAACAGCAACAACACCAUUCACAGACUCCUGCGGCUACGACUGCAUCUACGUCCACUAGUACGAAUAAUAAUGCGAGUGAUGAUUCCUGGGGGUCAGUCCUAGCCGAUAGCAUGGGCUCAGAUUCCCGUAAUCGUGGCCACGCCGUAGACGGCAGCCGUCGCGUGGGUGGAUGGGGUGUUGUAGAAGUCAACGAUGACAAGAGACGGUGGAUCUAUGUGGAUGAUCCUGAGGGAUUGCGGCGGCUGAAAGAGAAAGAGGAUAAGGAGAGGGAGAAGAGUUUUAAGGAGAGUACUGGAGGAAUUGGUGGCAUGGAACAUGUUACGAGGUAUGAGAUGGUUGCGAAGAGGAUAUGGUGA